CUCCUUGUUUUACACCUUCUGAUUUGAGAAGACUUGCACGGAACUGAUUGAUGCAAGAAUGUCACAGCUUCAGUUCGCGCCGUUCUCCUCAGACUUGCCACAGCGGCCCACGAUGCGUCGCAAGUCCUCUGCGCAAAAUCUACUCUCGUCAUUCAAGAAUCCUGGCAAUCUGUCCGGUCCUACGGCAUUGAACACUGCCGCAGCUUCUUUUGGCUCGACCGUAGCAGCGCCGACACCGACGACAACGACACCCAUGGCGAGGGAAUGGGAUGCCCAGUCACUUCAUUCAGAGUCCGUGGGCGUCACGACUGCGCUAUACCAGGGAACAACAGUGGAACUGCUCCGGGAUCUCGUGCAGAAGAGAAUGAUAACAUUGACUUAUGUGCGGAACAUGCAUGAAGGGAGGAGUCAUUGGUUUCACACUAUCUAUAUAUCCAAAGCAGACUUGGAACGGGAAUUUAAUAACGAGGCCAUGAAGAAGAGGACACAUCGGUUCGCCAUCCUGGGAAUGUCUCUUUCUAAUCUUCUCGAUAUAAACCAGCCGCAGGACCUUCUCCGAGGGCUCAUUAACACUUUAAACGAGUACGACCAGUCAAAGGAAGACAGUGACAAGUCAAAAAUACGGCAGCCCAAGCGUCUCUUUCGACGGCAACCGGGGAAACGACAAGGCAACUUUGCCGAAUAUUCAGGAUCUGUUGUAGACGACGCGUCGUAUCUAAUGACCCCGCAUAUACCGUAUCCUCUGGAUUAUCACCAAACGCUACUCUCGCUGCUUGACGUGAUCUCAGAGGUGUACAACAAGAUAUCCAAAAUUCUCGGCCCUUCACCCCUUUCACACCCUUCGCAGCAAAUGAUGGGACCCUUAGGCCUCCUUUCACCGCACCCCGGCGUGUCAUACCUUUUCGCAUCGGAUAAUUCGAACGCGAACCCAUACGGCUCGGCCUCGACUCACAGUCAAUCCACCCCGAGCAUCAAUCAACCACAGCCACAACUUGGAGAGGAACCAAACGGGAGUCUAUGGGGGAUUGCCACUGGCGGUUUUACCGGAACAAUGAUGAGCGGUAUGGGCAGUCCACCUCCUGGUGGCUGGUCCCCAGCUCUUGGUGAUAUGAUCCUUAAGGUUGACGGAAAGUUCAAGAAAAUGACGUCAACGUUAUUGAAGGAGCUGGAUAACCUCGCUAGGAAUGGAAUCAAGGACGAACUCGCCUCACUGGACCCGCUGCUGAGAAACAUCAAGGUACCGGAGGAGCAUCGGGGGAUUGGGUACGAUUUUGAAGGGAUGUGACAGGCAGGCACGAGGAAAGUGCCAUGACUGCAUUGAUAUGGGGGCUGGAUUUUGUUUUUCCAAAUGGAAGCUCAUCAAUGGCCUGUCCGCUUCGCGUGCGAUCGCUACGAUAGCGUUGAUAUUGAUGAAUGCUACGAUCGUCAAGACAUGGGCACGCCGA